AUGUCCUACAACUUCUGCUCUAAAAGCUACAGCUGUCGCUCCCGUGGGAGUUCCUGCCACUCUCCUGUCACCUCUCCCAGUGGCCUCUGCUCCACUGAGGUGAGCUGCAGAGACCUACCCUGCUCUCCCAGCAGCAGCCAUGGGAGCAAUACACUUCCUGAGAGCUGCCACACACCCUGUGAGAAACCCAGGAGCUGUUCACCAACCAUCUGUGACAAACCCAGGAGCUGCUCACCAACCAUUUGUGACAAACCCAGGAGCUGCUCACCAACCGUUUGUGACAGUGGCAAUGCCAGCCCUUCUGCUUGUUCUCCAGUUGUUUCCGAGGUGCCGAGAUCCCAAGAGGGAAAUGGCUGUCCUCCCAUCACCACCAGUGGCAACAGUUCCUGCAAGCCUGCUUCCUGUAGACAGCCUCUGAGAUACCGUCUUCAAAGUUAUCAGACCUAUGGCUGUCAACCCGGGAAUUUUAUGCCCUAUGGUUGUCAACCUGGGAACUCCAUGACCUUCGGCUAUCAACCUGGGAACUUCAUGCCCUAUGGCUGCCAACCUCUGAGCUACAUGCCCUAUGGCCGCCAACCUCUGAGCUACAUGCCCUAUGGUCGUCAACCUGGGAACUACUUGUCCUAUGGAUGUCAACCUUUUAGCUAUACCUCUGACUGCUACAAGCCCAUCAACUAUACAUGCAGCAAUUUUCAACCUUAUUCCUCUUCCCUGAAUGACUACUAG